UGAUUGAUUAAUCGCAGUGUUUUCACUUUUCUGAAUCUCUUGUUUUUUGUUUGCUAUACAAAAUCAAUCUUAUAUCUCGAUAUAUGUAACCGAUAAUCUCUUUGUUUAAACUUUAUUUGUAGUUCUAUGUACUUUAAGUAGGUGAUGUCAUAUACUGAACUCGAACAUGGCUAUCAGGAUUUGCGGCAAGCGACACAGCCUCAGUUUUAUGUCGGGGACGACGGUAACCUCGUUCCUAUAAGAACACCCGGCGAGUUGGAUCUGUGCGAGUCGCUGGAGAGCUGCGAUGGCAGCGGCAAGAAGGUGGUGGUCGGCGUAUGCGCCAUGGCCAAGAAGUCGCAGUCCAAGCCCAUGAAGGAGAUCCUAACGAGGCUCGACGAGUUUGAGUUCAUCAAAAUGCUCGUCUUCCCCGAGGAGGUUAUCCUUAAGAAACCAGUCGAAGAGUGGCCGAUAUGCGACUGCCUGAUAUCCUUCCACUCGAAAGGUUUUCCCCUGGACAAAGCCAUAGAGUACGAAAAACUACGGAAGCCGUACGUGAUCAAUAAUUUACACAUGCAAUAUGAUAUUCAGGAUCGUCGGAAAGUAUACGCUAUACUGGAGAGCGAGGGUAUAGAGAUACCGCGCUACGCCGUACUCGACAGAGAUUCGCCAGAUCCCAAACAACAUGAGCUGGUGGAGUCUGAAGACCACGUGGAGGUGAACGGGGUGGUGUUCAACAAACCCUUCGUUGAGAAACCGGUGUCGGCUGAGGAUCACAACAUCUACAUCUACUACCCGACGUCCGCGGGCGGCGGCAGCCAGCGUUUGUUCCGGAAGAUCGGCAGCCGCAGCAGCAUCUACUCGCCGGAGUCACGCGUGCGCAAGACGGGCUCCUUCAUCUACGAGGAUUUUAUGCCGACUGACGGUACGGACGUAAAAGUAUACACUGUAGGUCCGGAUUACGCGCACGCCGAGGCGCGCAAGAGUCCAGCCUUAGACGGCAAAGUGGAGAGAGAUUCUGAGGGCAAGGAGAUACGGUAUCCUGUAAUACUGUCAAACCAGGAGAAGCUGAUAUCACGUAAAGUGUGUCUCGCCUUCAAACAGACUGUCUGUGGGUUUGAUCUUUUAAGGGCGAACGGCAAAUCCUUCGUCUGUGAUGUCAACGGUUUCUCCUUCGUGAAGAAUUCCAACAAAUACUACGACGACUGCGCCAAGAUACUCGGCAACAUGAUACUUCGGGAGCUAGCGCCGACUCUGCAUAUACCGUGGUCGGUGCCCUUCCAAUUGGACGACCCGCCAAUUGUGCCGACCACGUUCGGUAAAAUGAUGGAGCUAAGAUGCGUGGUGGGGGUCAUCAGACACGGUGAUAGGACGCCGAAGCAGAAGAUGAAGGUGGAGGUGCGGCAUCCCAGAUUCUUCGAGAUAUUCGAGAAGUAUGAAGGCUUCAAGCGUGGUCACGUGAAGCUGAAGAAGCCCAAACAACUCCAGGAGAUAUUGGACAUCGCGCGGGCGUUGCUCGCCGACAUACAUACCCGACAUGCUGACCCCGAGUUGGAGGAGAAACAGGGAAAAUUGGAGCAGCUGAAGAGCGUGCUAGAGAUGUACGGCCACUUCUCGGGCAUCAACCGCAAGGUGCAGAUGAAGUAUCAGCCGCGGGGGCGGCCGCGCGGGUCGAGCUCGGACGACGGUAACGCCCCGCCCCCCGCCCCGCCCGCCCUGCCCGCCACACCCGCAACACCCGCGACGCACGACAACGGCGUGGAGGGCGAGCCGUCUCUAGUGCUGAUACUCAAGUGGGGCGGCGAACUAACGCCGGCCGGCCGGAUACAGGCGGAGGAGCUCGGCCGGAUGUUUCGGUGCAUGUACCCCGGUGGCCAGGGACGACAUAUACCAGGUGAAGGUGCCACGCAAGGUCUCGGUCUACUCCGCCUACACUCAACCUUCCGUCACGACCUGAAGAUCUACGCGUCUGACGAGGGUCGGGUGCAGAUGACCGCUGCUGCUUUCGCCAAGGGUCUCCUGGCUUUAGAAGGGGAACUGACUCCAAUACUUGUCCAGAUGGUUAAGUCCGCUAAUACCAAUGGGUUACUGGAUAAUGAUUGUGACUCGUCGAAGGUUCAGAAUAUGGCAAAAGCACGCCUACACGAGGCGUUACAAGCCGAUCACGAGUUCACGGCAGCGGAGCGAGCACGCAUCAACCCCUGUUCUUCGUUAUCUAUAGCAGCCGCUAUGGACUUCGUGAAAAACCCCGCGCAGUGCUGCGCCCACGUCCACGCACUCAUACAGCAGCUUGUCCACAUUGUGCUGCUGAAGAAGGACGAUCCGAAGACUAAAGACACAAUACUAUACCACGGUGAAACAUGGGAGCUAAUGGGGCGGCGCUGGGGGAAGAUAGAGAAGGAUUUCUGCACCAAGAACAAAACGUACGACAUAUCGAAGAUCCCUGACAUAUAUGACUGUAUCAAGUACGACUUGCAACACAACCAACAUACCCUACAGUUCGAUUUGGCCGAGGAGCUCUAUAUUUAUGCGAAAUACUUGGCAGAUAUUGUUAUACCACAGGAAUAUGGAUUAACAAUGCAAGAAAAGCUGACGAUAGGUCAGGGAAUCUGCACGCCGCUGCUCAAGAAGAUACGCGCAGACCUGCAGCGGAAUAUAGAGGAGUCCGAGGAAAACGUUAACAGGUUAAACCCAAGGUACAGUCACGGCGUGUCGAGCCCGGGGCGUCACGUGCGCACGCGCCUGUACUUCACCAGCGAGAGCCACGUGCACUCCCUGCUCACCGUGCUGCGGUACGGCGGCCUGCUGGACGUGGUAAAAGACGAGCAAUGGCGUCGCGCGAUGGAGUACGUGUCGAUGGUGUCGGAGUUAAACUACAUGUCGCAGAUAGUCGUUAUGCUGUACGAGGAUCCCACGAAGGAUCCCUGCUCGGAGGAAAGGUUCCACGUGGAGCUACACUUCAGCCCCGGCGUGAACUGCUGUGUGCAGAAGAACCUGCCGCCCGGGCCAGGCUUCCGACCGCACUCCCGCAACCACUCUACUACUAAUAAUGAGAGUCCCUCAGAUGAAGUAAAGUGUAUAGCAGAAGAAGUCGAGGACGACCAAAUGGCAAGCCAAGAAACCCUACAGCCGGAUAUUCUAGAUGAGCUAGACAACACGUUUUCACCAAGAAGGUUAUCAAAAUCUAAGCUCCGUCCUUCGGACCCUAUCCCUAUUUGCAAUCUGCACCACACGGUAAGCGGGCACGAGGCGUCGGCGUUGGCGGCGCGGCUCAACGCCGAGUUGCGUGCGCGCUCGCACACGCCCACCGAGCGGGAACACGAGCGGGAGCGGACGCAGAGUGAAGAGAAAGAGGCUAAAGAGUGUGACGAGCCGGCGCCGCGCGCGCGCAGUUACGAUCAACACAAAGGGCACGAUAAUGGGCGGCGGCAGCGGCACAGCAUCGCCGGCCAGAUGAGCUACCUGCGCAUGCUGGGGCUGGGCGGACGGGGGCGGGCGGGCGCGGCGCUCUUCAGCACCGCCGUCAUCUCCGGGUCGAGCUCCGCGCCCAACCUCCGCGUGAUGAUACCCAGCGCUGCUGCGGCUGACUCCGGUCUGGACGGGUUCGGCGGCGUGCCGGCGGUGCGUCCGCUGGAGACGCUGCACAACGCGCUGUCGCUGCGGCAGCUGGACGGCUGGCUGGAGCGCGUGACGGCCGCGCCCGUGCUGCUCACGCCCGCAGCUACGCCGCCCCACAAGCAGCCCUCGCCAACUGGCAGUAUGGGCUGGAGUGGUCCCUCGUCGCUGAUGUCCUCAUCUGGCGAGCUGCCCAGCGGCCUAUCGUCCGACGGCCCCUCCUCCCCCAACUCUAACUACGCCCCUGACAAGAUCAACCUGUCCGACAGUAGCAAUUGGAGUAGAGCUAUGGCGGGCAAGGGCUGGGAGGACGGGCCCAGCGCGCUGGAACACCCGACCGCAGGUUCGUGUACUACUAGCGGGCGCGCGACGCCGGCGUCAGUGGCGUCCGACCCCGCCGCCGGACACAGCAACGAGGCCACCGCCGGCUCGCUCACCGACCACGACCUGCUGAGCGCGGGCGAAGAAGACGAAGAAGAGACGCUUUCCGUAGACGCAAGUAGUUCCCCCAUGAAGCUUAUUAAGAAUGACCUAACACUAGAAGUAGAGGCGGCCUCGGCCAGUGCGACCGCCGAUCCCCCGCUACACUUGUACGGUCUCAGCUACCACGAGACGAAAGAAAACUUCUACAAAGACAUGCCGACCAGCAGCAAAAACUACAACGUCGAAACCGACAAAAACAAGUGUACAAAGGAUUGUCUGCAUUUCACUAGCAAUAUAGUCUCGCUAAAUCUGAGCAGAGAUAUCAAAUGUAAGGACGAAAUCCUCAACAACGGAAGCAGAAGGUACAGCGAUAGCGUGGCGCAGAAGAGCAACAUCACUCAUGUUGCCGGAAGUAGGUUCAAAACCAGUGUAGUGACGGAGGAGAUAUUACAAGCGAGCGCGCCCCCCGAGAGUAAGUCACACAAUCACUUAGUUGAGGCAGACGCACACCCCACUCCGAUAGUCACGGAAGCCAAACGAGCAAAAGUUAAAGCUGGUUUCACAGUAGACACUUAGCACGUAACAACUCAAAUAUUCACUCCACUAAAACGAUAACAUUGUAUCCAUAAUAUUAACUUGAAGAAAAAUGAUGUAAGUGAAGCAAGUUUUAAAUGUGAAAUUAUCAU